AUGGUGUUUGACCCAAAACGCGCCAGAAAGGCGUCAUGCCGUGUGUGGCUAGCUCUAGCUGCACUGGGCACUGUCUUGGGGGUGCACAAGGGGGUGAGCGUGCAUUUAAGCUCGCAGUUCGGUCACCUGCUCGCUUCAGCGGUGACCUCAAGAAGAAGCCACGUGACCGCGGGAUCGGUUGCACCAGGGGAGGACGAUCCCCACGUCGGGAGCUCCUUCACUGAGUCCUCUCCUUUAGAAGACACCCCGGCCAGUAGUGAGCGAACCCAUCCCCGUUUGCUCUUUGAGAGGACUCGCAGGCAACUGGAUCUAGGCACUGGAAAUGCCAGAGACACGCAUGUGGCGGUGGACGCCCCGCCUCGUGCACUAGCUUCUUAUGGCCACAGUCUGCUUCAGCACUCGCGGGGGGCCGCAAGAACUGUUGGGCGCCAUGUGUCUGGAGCGUCCGGGCGGCUCGCCCACUUCAGGGGAUCGCGAUUAGAGGAACCAGGUUCUUCGUCGGAUGCGAGUUUUGCAGACCUGGGUCAACCAGAGGGAGCUGACCUCGCGCUGGUUCAUGGCAUAGAGCCAGGGGACUCCAUUGUCAAGCACCUUUUGACACUGGUAUCGAAGCAAAUCCACCCAGUCGAUCGCCAGGCGGGGGCAUUCAGGACACUGGACAAAGGGCUCUCCGCUACGUUCUGGCCACAGGACGUGACCGUGGAAGUGGUCUCGGUGCGGACGGGAGCGCCACGGCGGCUCCGAAGGGGGCCCGUCUUCGGCAGGGGCGACUUCGGGAUGGUGUUCACGGCUUCCGACGUGGACACCGGAGCAGAGUUCGCCGCAAAAGUUCCUAUUGCUCUCCGCGAGCCUUUCAAGAUGUCACAAGAGGAUGUGAUGGCAGAGGGUCGUUUAACUGAUGCGUUCGCCACGGUCAAAGACCCAAGGGAAGCUCAAGCCGUUCUUCGAUUCUUGGUCCCCACCGACAUGGUGCAGUUUCCAAACAAGGAGACCUUCGCUGUCGCUAUCCCUGGCUCGCGAACGUUGAUCGGAAAUGUUUUCUUCUUGAUGCCGAAGGCCUAUACAGACCUUCAAGAUGUUAUCAACGCAAUGUGUGAUCCUGCCAGAGGCUAA